CAUUGUUGUGUUGGACGUUGUGUGUGUAUUUAUAAGCUAAUGCUAAGACCAAGUGCUUUACUAUGAGCUCAGUCUGUGUGACCGAAGCGAAACUCUCAGUUCUAAAAAUUGCAGUUUGGGAAUGUAAUGCAAAUGUCAUGUAUCUGCAUAGUUUCAGCUCUGCUGCUCAGACCUUUACACCAUGCAACCAAAGUCUAAUGGUUUAUAAGACAUGUGCCUGCCAUCACGUGUGUGUUCAUAGAAGCAACUGAACUUUUACCUUAGCAAAAAACUAGGAAUUUCUCUGUGUCCCAUAGCUGGGAACACAAGGCAUGCUAGAAUGGAGCAGAACAGCAGCCAUGAAGAUGAAUUUUCUCCGAAUAUAUUUUCAGUUGCAUCUUAUCCAAGCAACCAUUCUGAUGUCCAUGUUUCGGAUGGGGAUAAAACCGGGGCCACGCUGCUAUUCUCUGGAAUCUUUUUGGGAUUAGUCGGGAUUACAUUCACUGUGCUGGGAUGGAUCAAAACCGAGCAAUUUCAUUUUGAGUGGACUCAGUUACUGGGGCCCAUCCUGCUGUCUGUGGGAGUAAUGUUUGCACUGAUUUCUGUGUGCAAGUUUAAGAUGUUGGCAUGUAAACCAUGUAAGAGCACAGAAGAGGCAUCGCUAGAUAUGGAGCAGACUUCAAGAGGACAAUCUAUCGUUUUUACUGGAAUAAACCAACCCAUCACUUUUCACGGUGCUACAGUUGUUCAGUAUAUUCCUCCACCCUAUCCAGCUCAGGACAUCACAGGAGGACCCUCGCUACCUUCCAACCCCAAUCCUAACUAUUCUACUUGGGCUAAUAGACGUUCCUUAGGUCCUCCUCAAUAUUAUAACAUCUAUCCAAUGGACAAUCCUGCUUUUGUACCAGAUGACCCAUCUCCCGCUCAGCAGUCAGUCAAUGAAUUAUGUGGCAGUUUGCCUGAUCCUGCCUGGCAUUCUGAAGAUUUCCCGGGCGCAAACAGAACAAAUGAGCCGCCGCCAUCAUAUGAUGAAAUCUUUCCCACAAUAAGAAGAAGUGGAACUGCAGAUCACAGCCCCAAACUGUCUUGACAACAACCUAUGCCCCCUUUUGUGUAGCACUUGUAAUGGACAAAUGACGGUAUAAUAUCCUCUGCCUAGUUCAAGCCAAACAACUUCAGAAUGAGAGUUUCCCUUGCUUUUGAAUGUAAUUGGUGGAGGUCCUAAUAAUAAAAAAAAAAGAGGCACAGAGGCUGACAUGAAAACCAGUGCAGCCUGCGGGAAAAUGCCUACAAUUGAUCAUGAAGAUAUUGUGAUGAGGAAGACACAGAUUGGUACUGGAUAGAUCACCUAGGACUGUGUAUAUGUCUGUGUAUAUGUCUAUAUGGGCAUUCUUUCCUAUUCAACCUAAUGUCUUAAUAACUUGUAGACUCCAUAUAUAGUUCCAUGCUAUAUCACCAACGGAGUAGAAUUGCACAUACAUUUCACUCCUUCAUAAUGCCAUACUGUUAUAUUCAAUAUUUCAGGGGUGAGGGAGCUGUUCAGCCAACCAAAAAUAUUGACAUGGGAACAACUAUUUAUAUAAUGAAGUGGAAAUCUGGCUGUGCUGCAACCAAUAUUUUAAAAUGACUCUAUUACCUCAUUGUUGGCAUGGUUGUAAUUGGCAUAUUCAGUGUAGCAUAAAUAUAUUUGUGCGACCCCCUAGGUAUAUCAGAAAACAUAUGCCCACACAAUAUGAGUACAAAUGUAUUUAUUUAAUGAGCAGAAAGCUUGAUUUCUUACAGAAACACAUCUGUUCCAUAAUGAUAUGUUUGCAUUCUGCCCUGAUGCUAUUUGGUUUUACCCAACCGAAAUUAUUGUUAUGCAAUUAGAUCCUAGCGUUUGUCUAUGGAACUCUUCUAAACACAUUAAGGCUAAUUGGAAAAUGAACUCCAAAACAAUAUUAAGAAUCAUAAUAAAUGGUGUAUUUUGCAACGUACAAUAUUUCUCUGGAAAAAUAACACCGAAUGCAUCAAUGUCAAAACGGCGUGAGUGUGCGCCAGAUGGCUCUGUUACACAAGUGCAUUUUAUUUGACUAAAUAGAAAUAUAAUUAGCUCUGCAUACAUGGAUUGGCAACUAGUGCUGCUACAAAUGGGAUCUACCUGCUUGGUUUAUUUACAUGCCUCUAAACACUGUAGUAUUCUUGUGAAUAAAUACAUGGUAAUCUAUGUGUGUAUCAUUAGUUCAUAAUCAAGCUCAACAUGUGUGCCUUGUUUUCCUCUUUAACAUGAUAGGUAAACAAAUGAAUAAAUGAAGAAUUCCCAAGCUACACAGUAUAUAUAUAUAUAUAUAUAUAUAUAAUAUAUGUAUAUAUAUUUUAAACGAUUCUUGUAUUUUAAAGGCAAUUGUGCAUCUAAUGUGGAACUAUAUGUACAUGUAAUAAAGUAAGAGGUAAUAAAGUAAGAGUAAGCCAGGUGCAGGUACAAAAAUCUAGAAGUGUGCAUACUGGGAAAGGGUCCUGCACAAAGAAAUCUACUAACAAUAAUAAUAAGAGGGCUCAUUUAUGACUGCAAAUGCAGUGAGCAAAGCGCAAUUUAAAGUGUAAUUAUCAUGUUUUUCCAUAAUGCAGCAUUUCCCCCCCAGAAUUUCAGAGUUGUUGCACCUGAUGCAAUUGCAUUCUGCCUGAUGAAAUUGCAGGCGAUUUAUUGAAAUCAAUGAAACUGGGCUCUCACCUUGUUACAAAUCGGAUGCAAUAACGCUGAAGUUCUUUUGGAUGUUCAUUGUGAGGUCUGCACUCAAUUCUUUAGACACCUAUUGAACCCAGGGGAAGUGAUGGGCGUAUUUGGGGCGUUUUGCUUAGCAGAAAAAUUUGUGAAUUUCCUGCAAAAUUCGUGAAACUGUGGAAUGUUUGCGAAACGCCGCUGGUGUCUAGUUUUUGACGCCGGCGUCCAUAAAAAUGUCCAUUUUCUUUUGAUGCCGAUGAAUUUUCGCAUCGGUUUUGCGAAUUAAUUCACCGGGAAUCGCGGGAUUUCACAGCUUUCAAUAGCAAUACACAUACAAAUAACUUAAAACCAUAAACAAUUUGUAAUAAAUGUAUAUUGCAAAGUUA